GGGCAGAAAAAAAGAGAAAAAUAAACAUUCAUCAUUCUGUUUUGUUUCGUUGGAACAAAAUCUUCAGAAAUAAAAAAAAAGUCCGUAAAUAGGGCACUGACCAUAACCAAAUCCGGAACCAUGGGCAAACGGUCACCUCAUCGGGGCGCAUCUUCGCAUUUGGUAAAUGAAGUAGAACGAGAUGUCGCUCAGCAGUUUCAAAAGAAGUUCCACUUUCGUCCUACCGACGAUGGCGGUGGAGACGGUGCCGUAAAACCUCCGGAGCUACCUCCGUUGGAGAGUGUUUUCAGCAUCCGGCCGGCUUACCGGGUGGAAUCGUUGCAGAAGGUGAAAGCCGCUCUGAACAAGGUGAAGAAUCGGUUGAAUGAUUUCGAGAUAAGCGAUUGGCAUCAGCACACCCGGCGGCGGUCCUCACUGCAGCCGGUCCUGUCCGGCCUGAAGCACCGAAUCGGGGGGGAGUUUGUGACGCAAGCGUUCGCGAAACUGUACGAGUGCGUGGCCGGGUACGAGCUCGUUCCGCCGCCGUCGGAAAGUCGCGAGUUUUACAGUGUUCAUUUGUGCGAAGCACCGGGAGCGUUCAUAACCGGGUUGAAUCACUACCUGAAGCUGAACCGGGAGAUGGUACAGUGGCGCUGGUUUGCUAACACGCUGAAUCCAUAUUACGAGGGUAACUGCUUGGGGAACAUGAUUGUGGACGAUCGCUUCAUACUGCACACGUUGGACUCAUGGUGCUUCGGUGAGGACUACACAGGAGAUGUCAUGCGGAAGGAGAACAUGGGAGAGAUUGUUCGGCGAAGCAAGGAGUUCCCGAUGAUCAACCUAGUCACGGCUGACGGUUCCAUAGACUGUCUGGACGUACCGGAAGCCCAAGAGGAACAUGUAUCCAAACUGCACCUGGCCGAGGCGUUGACCGCUCUGAAAAUUCUCACGCAGGGCGGAUGUUUCAUACUGAAGAUGUUUACCCUUUUCGAACAUUCCAGCGUCGAUCUGCUCUACCUGUUGUAUGUGUGCUUCCGGGAGCUGCACGUCUUCAAACCGGCAACAUCCAAGCCGGGUAACUCCGAAGUGUACGUCAUUGCCAAGUACUUCCGAAAACCGGUCGGAUUGGAUGAAUAUUUGGAUCGCCUGUUCGAUGGACUGAAUUCCGACUGUUCGAUGUUUGAUCUGCAGCACAUUCCGGAAUCAUUUGUAAAGGAAGUUCGGGAUUGUGCGGAGCUGUUUAUGAUGUACCAGCAAGACGUGAUAGAACACAACAUUCACUUCUACCAACACGAGGAUCUGCAUGAAGAAGUGAGAUUGAGAAUUUUCAAAGAGACAAUGUGUAAGAUGUUCUUCGACAAGUACAAAAUCAAACCGAUUCGACGGUCUGAUGCAAUUUUAAAUGGGGUUGAUGUCGCCAGUGGUUCACCGAACAUCAAUCCUCGGGAUAACUAUGGAACGUACAACGAACGAAGUAUGCUGAGCUCGAUCAGUGGUGACACACGACUGGGUAUGUUAAGGGAUAGGUUGAAUGAUUUCUACGACAGCAUGAUAAGCUUUAUGCCACGAUCGAGACUCACCGAUCGGCCGUUUGCCAGCAGCCGAUCUUGUGUGGAGAUCAUUCAACUUUGCUGCGGUAAAUCGAUACUGAAGCUCCUGAGCAGCAAAUUUAUCGUGAUAACCUAUGUUCGUUUUCUAAGCGAAGUUAUUGACAUCGUUACCAGUUUAAUGCCGACCGCGGAAGAACAACCUACGCUUCUGACGUUGAACCGAUCAACGUACACGCUAACAAUCGACGUCAAAGCCUAUGCCACCUUAUACAGCUACGACAUUUUCGAAAAAGAAUUGUUCCAUCACCUUCUUCAGUGCAUCAUAGAUCUACCGCUGCAGGAAGGCAUCGACCACCUGGUAGUGGAAAAUUGGCUGCUGCUGACCCAGUUCUGCGUUGGGCUAGUGUUCUUCCUGAAAACCUACGUCUUCGAGCAUAUCGAGUCGACUAAUGGUAACCAGUUGCGCUUUUCCCGCCUCAAGGCGGACGGAAUUGACAGCCUACGAUAUUUGAACGAAACCAUUCAGAUGGAACAGAACGCAUGUGCCGAGGGGAAGUCGGUGCUAGGAAUCGUCCCCACUCAGGUGCUCUUCGAUGGAAGCUUCUACUAUGCUGUGAUUAACUACAACAACCGAUUGUGUUUGGACUACUGCACAGUACUGCUCGAUGCAGGAAAGUGAGCCAAUCAGUGAUCUGUUCGAGUUUUCCCGGAACAAGGUGGAGCUUUUUCAAUGCAUUUAUUACAUCACUACAUUAUUUGCUUAUGAUUAGACGCACGAAGAAAAGAGUUCGUGUGAGUUUCGUUUUUUUUUCUAUUCAACUAACCUGAAUAAAUUUGAGAAUUGAACUUAACCAAAAG